GCGCGCGCAUGCGGCCUAGGGCGGGCGGCGCCAUUGGGCUGUCAACCCCCGCCGGGCCCUGGCUGCGUGAGGUUCAAGAUGGAGUUUCAAGCCGUGGUGAUGGCAGUCGGAGGAGGGUCACGGAUGAUGGACUUGACUUCCAGUAUCCCCAAGCCCCUGCUUCCAGUGGGCAAUAAACCUUUAAUCUGGUACCCGCUCAACCUGCUCGAACGAGUCGGAUUUGAAGAGGUCAUCGUCGUUACAACCAAAGAAGUCCAGAAGUCCCUGAAUCCGGAGACCAAGAUGAAGCUGGAUGUUGUCUGCAUCCCCGAGGACGCUGACAUGGGAACCGCAGAUUCUCUGCGCCACAUCCAUCAGAAAAUUAAGACUGACGUGUUGGUGGUGAGCUGUGACCUGGUGACAGACGUGGCUUUGCACGAGGUGGUGGAUCUGUUCCGAGCCCACGACGCCACCCUGUCCAUGCUGAUGAAGAGGGGACCCGACUCCACGGAGCCGAUCCCGGGACAGAAGGGGAAAAAAAAGCCAGUGGAGCAGCGCGACUUCGUCGGCGUGGACGACACCGGCAAGAGGCUGCUCUUCAUGGCUAACGAAGCUGACUUGGACGAGGAGCUGGUCAUUAAGAGAUCCAUCCUGCACAAGCACCCCAGGAUCCAUUUCAGAACGGGGCUUAUGGACGCUCACCUCUACUGCCUGAGAAAAUACGUCGUGGACUUCCUCGUCGAAAACAGGUCAAUCACGUCUAUCCGGAGCGAGCUGAUUCCGUACCUAGUUAGGAAGCAGUUCUCCGCGGCCGCCACACCCCGGGGACGAGAUGACAGAGAGCGGGACCCGAAGAGAAAGGAUCAGAAGUCAUUAGAUAUUUAUAGUUUCAUCAAGGAAGGUGACUCCCCGUCAUUCGAUCCCCACGGCGACUGUUGGAACGACUGCCGAGGAGACGUGAGCGAAGACUUCCACGGUGGUAGAGUGCGUUGCUACGUCCAUGUCGCGAAGGAGGGGGUGUGCUACCGAGCGAACAGCCUGGGGUUGUACAUCGAAGCUAACAGACAGAUUCCUAAACUGCUGCCUGCUCUGUGUCCGGAUGAGCCACCGGUUCAUCCCUCCGCCCAGAUCACCGACAAACUCAUGGUUGGGGCUGACAGUAUCAUCGGACCCGCCAGUCAAGUGGGUGAAAAGUCGUCCGUCAAGCAUUCCGUCGUCGGUUCCUCCUGCCUCAUAAGGGACAAGGUGAAAAUCACCAACUGCCUCCUCAUGAACUCCGUCACCAUCGAAGAAGGGAGCAGCGUCCAGGGCAGCGUGAUCUGUAACAACGCCGUGAUAGAGAAGGGAGCGGACAUCAGGGACUGCCUCGUCGGGAGCGGACAGCGCGUCGAAGCCAAAGCCAAGCGGGUGAAUGACGUUAUCGUGGGGAGCGACCAGCUCAUGGAGAUCUGAGACGCCCCCCGCCCCUCCGCACGCGCCGCACGCACCCCGCCGGCCGCCGGCGCGGGGGACUUCCGCGAUGCCUCGGGAUCGCGGCCCCACGGUUCCCCGGGGAUCGGCGACGCCGGCCGCCGGGCUCGGCCGCGGCCCCCGCCCGCGCUUCCGUCGCGGACGCCCGCCUCCCCUCCGAGCUUCGUGUGUAUCUAUCUCCCAAUAAAGGAGUGUUUUUCGGA